AUGGCGGACUCCGACGACGACUUCAGCAUGCAGAGCAGCGAUGGCGAGCCCGUGCUUGACGACGACAGCGGCAUGAGCGACGGGGAUGGCUCCGAUCUCGAGCUCGAGGACUACGACGACGAUGAUGACGACGUGGGGUUCUCUCAAGAUAAGCCCCCGAAGCAGAAAAAGAAGUCGUACGAGGUCGACUUCAAGGUUCUGUCGCCGCAGGACAUCCAGGACUUGCAGGAUCGUGAGGUUGAUGAGUGCAAGCACCUCCUGGGCCAGCCUCGGGAGAACGUCGCCAUACUCCUGAGGCGUUUCAAAUGGAACAGAGAGAGGCUUAUGGAGAAGUACCUCGACAAUCAGCAGGAGGUCUUGGAGGCCACUGGUCUAGAGGAGGACGAAUCUGGCAAGACAAAGAUCGAGGAGAUGAGCGAGCCGUUCCUGUGUGAGAUCUGCUGCAACGACGAGCCCGGGCAGAAGACGUACGCCAUGAAGUGUGGCCAUCGCUUCUGCGUGGACUGCUACAAGAUGUACCUGGCAACCAAGAUCAAGGAGGAAGGUGAGGCAGCCAGGAUAAAGUGCCCUGGCAAUGACUGCAACCGGAUCGUGGAUUCGAGGUCACUGGAUCUGCUAGUGGAUGACGAUCUCCAGGAGAGAUAUCAUGAACUUCUCACACGAACAUAUGUCGACGACCUCGAAAAUCUCAAGUGGUGCCCGGCACCAAACUGUGUAUACGCCAUCGACUGCAACGUCAAAGCCCGAGAUCUCUUGCGAAUCGUCCCUAGCGUGCACUGCAAGUGUGGGCACAGCUUUUGCUUUGGCUGUACGCUCAACGACCAUCAACCAGCGCCGUGCAGUCUGGUGAAGAAGUGGUUGAAGAAGUGCGAGGACGAUUCGGAAACGGCGAACUGGAUCUCAGCGAACACAAAAGAGUGUCCCAAGUGUCACUCGACCAUCGAGAAGAACGGUGGAUGCAACCACAUGACGUGUCGGAAGUGCAGAAACGAGUUCUGCUGGAUGUGCAUGGGCGUGUGGUCAGAGCACGGCACGAGCUGGUACAACUGCAACCGAUACGAAGAGAAGAGCGGUCAAGAAGCACGAGAUGCACAGGCAAGGUCGCGACAGUCGUUGGAGCGUUACCUGCAUUAUUACAACAGAUACGCCAACCACGAACAAUCGGCCAAGCUGGACAAGGAUAUCUAUCUUAAGACGGAGAAGAAGAUGACGCAGCUGCAGACGACGGCCAACAUGUCCUGGAUCGACGUGCAAUUCUUGGAGGCGGCGUCACAGGCGCUGCAGAGCUGCCGCCAGACUCUGAAGUGGACGUACGCGUUCGCUUUCUACCUUGCGCGAAACAACAAGACGGAAAUGUUUGAAGACAACCAGAAGGACCUAGAGAUGGCCGUCGAGAACCUGUCGGAGAUGUUUGAGAAGCCCGUAGACCAGAUUGGCGGUCUCAAACGGGAGAUUCUCGACAAGACGACGUACUGCAACAAGCGCCGCGUUACGCUUCUGGAGCACACGGCUCAAGAGCUAAAGAAAGAUGGGUGGGAGUUCAAUGUUGAGUUAUGA